CACAGCCCUGUGAUUCCCCAUUUUCCAGAGGGGUAGGGUUGUGCCCCGUGCUUUUAAACAUCUACAUGAAACAGCUAAGUGCAAGCAUUCAGAAUUUUGGAGUAUCAUGCCAUGUGAGGCUGUGGAUGUACUAAGAUGUACCUAGCUGUGACAAUGGAAAGGAUGAGGGCUAAUAAACAGAAACUUACUCCAAACAAGACUUAGAUGCUGUUAGAGAGCCAUUCUUCUGGCAGGAUAGAGACUCUCAUCCUAUUGUGUACAGGGUUGUAUUCCCCUGAAAGAGUGGGUUUGUAGCUUAGGUGUUCUUCUGGAACACUUUAUGUCAUUUAAGCCCCAGGCAGCCUUAGUGGCAUUAAGAGUGCAUUGCCAUCUUUGCUUGGUGGCUCAGCUAUAUACCUUUCUGGACAUGGAUAACCUGGUUUCAGUUGUCUCUGCUCAGGUAAGCACCCAGUUAGCUUGCAACAAUCAACAUCUGAAUCAAGGUGUUGGUUUUGGCCUAUAAAGCCUUAACGCUGCUCAGGACUAUAUUUUAUGGAGCACCUCUCCCAGCUGAACCUUCAUUUAUCACCUAAUGUCUUCCUCCAGGUGCCUCCUCUAAGGGAAGCUUGAAAUAAAAGGAAAGAACUUCUUAGUGGUGGCUGCCAGGUUGUGGAAUCAGCUGUGCGAUUAGGCUGCCUAAUAUCAACAUUGUUAUCUUUUGGGCACCAGGUUAAGUUCUUACUCUUCUCUCAGGGUUGACCCUAUUCCAUAUGACACCCCGAAGCCAGCAGGCCACACACGGUUUGUCUGCAUCUCAGACACCCACUCCAGAACUGAUGGAAUCCAGAUGCCUUAUGGAGACAUCUUGCUUCAUACAGGAGAUUUCACUGAGUUGGGGCUGCCAUCAGAGGUUAAGAAGUUUAAUGACUGGUUAGACUUGGUUUUCCAUUGCCAGCAUGGAAGGAACCCUAAUGCAUGAGUUUCAGAGGAGAAGGUAGCAGUCUGAACCUGCUGUGUGGCUCGAUCAGCAAGCGAAACUUGCCCUAUGAAUAUAAAAUACUGAUUGCUGGGAAUCAUGAACUGACAUUUGAUAAAGAAUUCAUGGCAGACCUUGUUAAACAGGAUUACUACCGCUUUCCCUCUGUGUCCAAAUUGAAACCAGAGGACUUUGACAAUGUUCAGUCACUUCUGACAAACAGUAUUUACUUGCAAGACUCUGAGGUAACAGUGAAAGGAUUCCGAAUAUAUGGUGCCCCUUGGACACCAUGGUUUAAUGGAUGGGGCUUUAACCUACCCAGAGGUCAGUCUUUGUUGGACAAGUGGAACCUUAUUCCUGAAGGCAUUGAUAUAUUAAUGACCCAUGGACCUCCACUUGGUUUUCGAGACUGGGUUCCAAAGGAGCUGCAAAGAGUUGGCUGUGUGGAACUGUUAAAUACAGUACAAAGGAGAGUCAGGCCCAAGCUCCAUGUCUUUGGUGGAAUCCAUGAAGGUUACGGCAUUAUGACAGACGGUUACACAACAUACAUUAAUGCCUCAACAUGUACAGUCAGCUUUCAACCAACCAACCCACCAAUUAUAUUUGACCUCCCAACCCCGCAAGGAUCAUGAAGCUCCACGGCAUUGGGAAAAGGUCUAUAAACUGCCAUUUUUCUAAUUAAAAAACAUCCAUUCUCUUAAUGUGUUUAUUUACAAAUAAUGUGGGGCUUUUUUUGUAAAUUGUUGGUACAAAGGAGAAAAAAAAGAUAGAGGUUGUGCUUUUUUGAAAAUGCAGCAUCCAUUUGAGAUUGAUAAAACAUUGUGAAUUUGUAAAAUGAAGUUUUAUGUUUUCUUAAUUAACUUGCCAUUGUAAAUUGUUAAAUGUUCUCAAAAGGACAGCCAAGCUUUCUUUUAAUGAGUGAGACACCUUAUUUUAAUAUUAUUAAAUAAGAUUUUAAAAGGCAGUGUUCUUAAAAAAAUAAAAGACCCAAAUUUGCACAACUGUUAUUGUUUGUUUGUUUUUUAAAAAAAUAUUUCUAAUGAUAAAAUGCUACCCUCUCCUCAUUCCCCAUACUUACCAUCACGCAAAUGCAUCCUGACCCAAAGUUUUGUGUCUAUUCCUAGAUAAAUAUGGUCUACAGUCCAGCACACAGAGAAAUGUGAUUAUACUUAUUGAAAUAAAUGUGAUUAAGGCCACAAUCCUUUGGCCUCAUGAAUAUUGGCUUGGGUACCAUAGGAUUAUUCAGUGUACCAGCUCCAAGAUUCUGCAACCUCCCCAUUCUCCUGGCAGCUAACAUGGAGAGAAUUAACCCGGUUGCUUCUGAGUGUGCAGUUAGGUCUCAAAGAGCUAAAAAACAGGAGUGCUAGGUGGUGGGUAUGGGAGGAUGCGGGAGCUGAUGACUUGAAUCAGUUCCUAUUGGUUUGCCAAACUCAUGUCCUCCUACCCCCUAGCACUUAAUUUAGAUGACCAAAACUGGCCAUACAGGUGAAAUACAUAGUAUGAGGUGAGGCAAUGGUGGUGGAACUUGCUGCCAUAGCAUACUUCUUGCAUUGGAUGCAUGUCAUCCUCCCAGAUUUACUGGGUGCAGGCUUAUCUGCACCCAAUGUAGAGGUCACUAGAUUUUGCCCUGAGGAUGUCUACCAUAGUGUUGGAUUGUGAUCAUGGAGCUGUAAACAGGAAGAAGUACCAUUCAUUUCAGUAGGUGUUGAAUCUCAUUUAAGUGUGAGGCCCAGCACUUUCCACAGACAAGGAUGGAGAAGUCAAUCAUAGUCAGGAAGACUUUCAGGCCCAUUGGAGCUCCUGUGUCUACUGCAGAGCACUCUUACCUAUUAAUGGUAAUACAAAAAGUGAGAGGGAAAUAGUCUUUUAGGUUUAGUUUGUCUCUGCCUGCUUUAAUGACAAAUUAGAUAGCAGCAUCUUGUAUGUGAUUACCUAAAUUGUCACUGUUUGGGUAAGUUUCUUAAAUUAUUUUAGCUUUAAAAAUACGGGGAUGAAAACUGCAAUGAGCAGGUGUUCCAUGCAGUAAAAACAUGUAAAUGCGGACUUCUUUUAAAUAUGGAUUUUAUAUAUAUUUUUUGUGCAUUAUAACUAAGCAAGGCAUUUAAUAUUGCCUGUGUAGCAUCUGCAAAAUUAUGCUGUACAGCACAUCUAAAUUAUGAAGGAUGUGACAUUGUUUUUCCAAGUGCUCAAGGCCUUCAAGAGCUUGAGUUUAAAAUCUUUGUGCAGUUUCAGGCAUGUAUAGAAUCAAAUGAAUACAAUCAAGCCUAACUAAAAUAAGGCUUUGUUGUCCUUUAUAUUUAAAAUAUUCUUGAAUUGUCUUUCCAUUUCUUUUUUCCCUUAUUUUGCACUGUGUGUAAAUGCAAUCUUGCUAGCACAAAAUAUUGUUGCAAAUAGUUAUUUCUGUUCUACCACUGUAAAUGCUAUUGAGCUUUAUUCUGUUUUAUGUUAUCUUCAUGGAAUUUAGGAAAGCAGUUGUUUCUUUAAAUUUAUUGCGAUAUUAUAUAUCUAGCGGCCUUUAUAUGCAAAUAAAAUUGCAAGAUUUUUAAAUA